AAUUCGAUGCGCUGAGUAAGAUUUUAAUAACGUUUUGUCUUCCUUCUCUUUAUUCGUUUUUCUCUCUUGUUUCUUUCAAAUCUUUAUUACUUUUGAUAAUAUGAGUUCAGCAAAGGUGAACGUUGGCGUCAUUGGCUUUGGAUUUUCGUCCCGCACCUUCCAUUGCCCUUUGAUUGUAUCCUCUCCUUAUCUCCAUUUAUCGGCGGUGGUGGAACGCCACAGUGAUAAGAGCGCGCAAGCCUAUCCCGGCGUUAAAGUGGUCAAAAGCGCCGAGGAACUUUUCGGUCAGAAUGAUAUUGACCUUGUGGUCAUUACCACGCCCAACGAUUCCCACUUUUCCUUGGCAAAGGAAGCCAUGCUGAAGGGCAAGAACGUGGUGGUGGAAAAACCUUUCACUAUUACAUCCCAAGAAGCCGAAGAGUUGGUUCAGGUCGCCAAAGACACCGGCAAAGUUUGUAGCGUGUACCAGAACCGACGCUGGGAUGGCGAUUUCUUGACGGUGAAGAAGUUGCUUGCUGGCGGCCAACUCGGUCGCUUGGUCGAGUACGAGUCUCAUUUCGAUCGAUUCCGCAACUUUUCCAAAGCCGGCUGGCGAGAGAAGGACGAUCAGCCCGGCUCUGGUAUGCUUUACGAUCUUGGUGCGCAUUUGAUUGAUCAAGCUUUGGAUCUUUUCGGUCUUCCCAAAUCGGUCUUUGCCACUAUUUCGAACCAACGUCAACUGAAGGAGUGCAAUGUCAUUGAUGACUUUACCAUCAUUUUGGAAUAUGAAGGCCACAAAGCCUUUCUUCGAUCCAGUAUGUUGGCUCGUACUUCGCCUGUAUUGCGAUUCUCUUUACGUGGUAUGAACGGUGCCUUUAUCAAGCACCAUCUUGACGUUCAGGAGGAACAGCUGAAGAACGGACUCACUCCCAGCAGUGCAGGCUAUGGUGUGGAAGACGAGGCACGAUGGGGUUGCGUGAACACCGACGUGGAUGGUCUUCAUUGGGUAGGAAAGAUUGAAACUCAAAAGGGCGAUUACUUGUCGUUCUACAACAACGUCGGCGAGGCCAUCCUUAAAAAGGACCCUAACCAUCUUCGAGUAAAGCCUGAACAUGGCGCUGCUUGCAUCCGCAUCAUUGAACUUGCUCAGCAAAGCAGCCAAGAAGGACGCUUUAUUCCCCUGUAAAUAAAUAAUAGAAACACUUUGGAUUCGUUUCCCAUCAAAGGCUUCAAGCCGUCUCUUAAUUUGUCUUGGUAUGACAAAAAUGAGAUAAUGCAAGUAAAUGUUGGGUGUUCUCUUUCUCUCGCAGAAC